CCAUCUCUCGUUCAAAGACCGGAGCGUCGCGUUUGAAAUUACCGAUCGUUUUCUGGCAUACCGCGAAUCAAGCAAUAUAUAUUUAAAUAUACAUAUAGUGUGUGCACGGGAAAUUUAUAGCAAGAAGGCGCUUGAUCGAACCGGAGUACCUGGAUUUGUGGCUCAAGGACUUGCCGCACACGUAUACAAGCACACAAACAACAACGCAUAAAUAAAAAGGGAAAAAUGAGUGGUCUUAGAAAAUUUCAGGACAACGAGGCCUGGCGUCAGAAACUACGCGCCUAUCUCUUAAACGAUUGCCAACCUAAGAAGCCUGCAAAAAUGGAGGAGUCUAAAGAAAUGCGCUACAGCCUGAAUAUCGACGAGGAUAUCCGCAAUAGGGCUAAGAAAGUAGGUCCGCCGGCUGCCACCAGCCAAACCACCAUUAAUAUCAACGAGGAUACUAUUUACGAAGGCGCUAUGGGACAAUUUACGGAUCGGGAUGACAGCUUUGAUGCCUUCGAACGCAUGUGCGAUAAGACUGGAUCCGAUCCAGAUAGCACCUUGUUCCAAUACCUACACAGUGAGGAUAAAAGCCAGGUUGUUGCAAUGGCCAAGGAUCGCAGCGUCUCCCGGAACCUUAACGCCGAUGAUCAGAAGGAGAUUGAUGCUCUGCGUCGUAUGCUCGAAGCAGUGGGCACCGAGGAUCUACUGGAUAACGAGAGUCCGGUCAAGGGCGUGGAAUGCACUCAGAUAGAGGAUGUGGAGGCACCUUCGCGAUUCUGGGAUAACGAUAAUACCCUGGCUGGGCUUGACGAGUCCAGCAUGGAGCCCAAGCCCAAGGUCUCGCCUGUGAAGAUGGUGGGCCUGAUGCGCCCCUCGACUAUUAUCGAGGAUAACGAACUCGACUCUGAUAUCUCAUCGCAGGUUAGCUUCCAGAGCGCUCGCACUUUAAAAACGAACGCAUCCAGUUGCUACGAAACAGCCACAGAUAAUUCUUUAAGCGGAACUCUUCUAAGCGUCGACGACUUGUUUUAUGCUGCAAUUGCAAAGGCUAAACCACCAGGAAUGUCGAAGGGUGAAGAGAAGGAGCUCCUGAGCGAUCUUCACGGUAGCCUUAAGGAGCUAACAUCUGCAUCAAAGGGACAUAAUGAGCCAGUUGAGGAGGAGCAGGAAUCCGAGUAUGCCGAAAACACAAUAAUUGAGCUGUCUUCUUCUGACAAUGAAGAUGUUCAGCUUAUUCCUGAACUUAAACAGGAAAAUAUCUCUCGCCUUGACGAUAAGUCGGUUACUGAAAAACAAACUCUAGAUGUUACUCCAGAGGCCGAUGUAUUGACAGUCGAAGAUGAGCCGGAGGACAAGGAGAACGAUGAAAAUCGUUCCAUGCAUUUUAAUGAUACUAUGGAGGAAAUGCAGUAUAUGAUGCAAAAGGGCAUGGAGUACAUGACUGGAGCGGCGGCUCCUGCUACCGCUCCGUCCCUUGCCGCUGCCAAGCCCAAAACUCCGGUGUUGGCCAAGUCAGACACGUUUGUGAUGUCACCCAAGCCGAUUCGCAAGACUCCGAAGUCUGAGUUUUUGGAACCAUCGUUGCCGCUUCGUCCUAGUAACAAGCCGCAAACCCUUAGAUCAUCACCGUGCAAGGCUAAGCAGCCUCUUAAGCAUGAUCUUAACAUGGAGUGGACUAGAAAGAAGUUCUUCGGUGCGUCCUCGGGAAUUCCGCAACGUCGCCAGCAGCAGAUAAAGCAGCCGGCUUAUGCAAAUAUCGUCAGUCCCAUUCGCACGUACACCCAGAAGUCUGGCACUGCGCCCCUCAUGGCUCUUUUUAGGCAGACCAGCGCCGAUGUGUUUAGUACCUUGGCCAUUACUGAGCUGGAGCAGGAGUCCCGCCUGUGUCAACCAAAGCCUAACUUUGGCAAGGGAGCUGGUUCUGCUGAAAUAAGUGGAUGUUUACUCGAAGGCAUUGAUUCCACGGCUCAAUUGCUGCCUAAAAAAGCAUACAUAUCAUCUGAAAUCAAACACGUGGUGGACGAGCGCACUCCAUUACCUAUGCCCAGUGUGCCACGCAUCCAGAAGUAUCUCAACUCGGCCGUGGAACCUACCGUCCUCCGUCACGAUGGAAAAAUGAAAAUGCCGAGCGAUGCGCCACCAAAAACCUCCACAUCCUCGCACAUUCCACGCCGCGCUAACCAUAGCCUGGCCGAUCUAUCACUAGCCUCUGGCGAUGUCUCCUUGUAUACGAUUCGGGAUGCCCAAAAGUUUUAAGAUUAUAAAGAAAAACGUCCAUGUUUUAGGGGUUAAACUUGCUACAAGAAUAUAUGUAUUGAAUAACUAGUCCUAGUAAA